AUGAAAGGGGUUGGUGAAGAUAACGCUUUUGAAGUCAUUGGUUUGGUUAAGAACAACCUUCCUAAGUGGCUAAGUAUAGAGUUGUGUCUAUGUAGGGAACGUAAAGAAGAUGUGUUUGUUUUUGAAAUCACUAGCCAGCUUGUGACUGCCUUAGCCGUCCCCUUGAAAGAUGAAUUAAUAUGUGGAGGAUGGAACCUGCGAACCAACCUUUUGCAUGUCAAUUGGGCUGAAACACCAAUCAAAGAAGGAUUUAAUGAGGAGGAUAUGGAAUCAACCUUUGCAUGUCAUUGGGCACAUGCCUUUGAAACGAAGAUUAAGGAAGAUCUGAAUCUUGAACGAGAUUGA